AUGUCCGCCGAUGCUCAGCCAAACCCGAAACAACGUGCUAAUGUCGCUUACCCGCCGGAGCCGCCGAUCGGUCUGCCGACGCACGGCAAGGCCACCGUCGGAGCCCUGUGCGUGGUGUGUGGAGAUCGAGCCUGCUCUCAUCUCUACUACGGUGUCGCAGCGUGUCAUGGAUGCAAAUGCUUCUUCUGGAGAACCGUCAAAAGCGGUCUCACCUAUUCGUGCCGUUUCGAGGGACGAUGCUCCAUCUCAACAGCUGGCCGAAAUGCUUGUCGAUACUGUCGCUUCAAUCGUUGCCUGAAAUCUGGAAUGAAACUUGAAGCUGUUCGAAUGGAUAAAAAGAACGAGAAGGUCCUGAAAAGAAAACGUAGUGAAGCGGAUAGUGAUGAUUUUGAUGAGAAUCAGGAAAAUAUCGAAACGCCUGCCAUCAAACAACAACGUAUGGAUCAUCGUUUGUUAACAUCAUCACUGAUGCUUAUCGACAAAACAGCAAGUGACGGAAACGGUAAAAUGUCGAUGAGCCGUAGUUACGUCUCACUGCCGAUGGUGAUGGAUGAGCCUGACAUACUCGAUGGUGACCGUACAGAGAUGAGCUUUCGAGCAUGCACACAUGCGGAUGAAGUCGCUUGUGCCGAAAGCGAACGACGUCUACUCACAUGGGCAAUCGACUGGACAAGGCAGGUGGCGGACAUGGAAGACGCCAUCAGCAACACUGAUAAGAUCGCAUUGUUGCGAGCGUGCUGCGUACCGUUGACUCUUCUGGAGCUCGGUGCGCGGUCUUGUGCAGUUGCUACGCUGAGCACGCCAAGGUGUGCAGCACUGCACGUCCUACCCCUGCCCAACAACACGUACCUACGCGCCGAUGCGCAGCUGCCACGGAAUUGCUUCUUAACUGCAAACACAAUUCGUGGAUUGCUCCAGUGGACAACACGUCAUCUGAAGCAACUGCAGCUGUCACCGAAAGAGCUGGUACUUCUGAAAGCACUGCUAGUGAUGAACAUAGAUGCGCCUGGAUUAUCCAGCAGUGCUGAGUCGGCUGUGAGUGCAUUGCGCGACCGCGUGCACUCUGCUCUAUACCAACACUGUGCGGACGUCUGCGAACCAACGAAAGCAGCUGGUCGUCUCGCGAAGAUCCUAUUGCUGCUACCGCAGCUUUAUAUGCUAUCUACGGAGGUGGUGGAACAUCAAAAGAUGCGUCAUACAUUUGCUCUUCCGUACGAACUGAAUCCGCUUCUCGUGCAGUUGUUCGGAGACAUCUUCGAAGAAGGAAAAACUGAAGAUUCGUACCUUAUCCAUUCCGCCUCAUGCAGCCCGUCCAAAGACCGGUCGGUCACAAAUCAGCGCUAUGUGACCGACCCUGCACACCACUCCGGCUACUCCAGUAGCAAUAGUUCCUCUCCAACAUCCGAUGGAACGAUCACAUUCGUGCAGUCGCCUGAACAUUUUUAUGUGAAGGCUUGGUUUAACGUCGGCCAGUCAUGGUAUUAG